CCGGCUCAGUCCGGUAGGUGUCGGUAGCGCACCGCGGUUUGGACCGUUAACUUGGCAGCGACGACUGGGAGAGCCCAAAGAAGAAGAAGGAGGAGAAGAAGGAGGAGCGGUGCUGUCAUGGCGGCCAAGGUGGUGAUAGUGGCCGUCCCGACGGUGCUGGGCAUAGCCUCCAUUCGUGUGUGUACAGAGAGCGAAGCACCCGCCGACGGGCUGGUUAAACGAGAGAAGCUGAACGUCUACACCCCCCUGCCCGGGCCUGCCCAGCCUCAGUUUGUUCCAGAGGAGCCCGGUGUUAUUCAGAGUGGGUUAACAACAGCGAGAGAGACCAUACAACCAUUGUUCCAGGCUGUAAAGGGCGCCUGUUUCUCUGUAAAAAGUGGAAGUGUUAAUCUAUACCAUGCAGGAGAGGAUGUGUUUUAUUACUUAAAGGACCCUCCUCCGGAGUUUCUACCCAGAUUUGGUACCAUCACCAUGGCUGGCCUGCUUGGCAUGUUCUUGGCACGGAAAGGCUCUCGUUUCAAGAGGGUAGCCGUUCCUCUGGGUCUGAUGAGUGCAGGAGCGUCGGUGUGCUACCCGGCCCAGGCGGUGGCUGUGUUAAAGGUGACGGGUAAGAAGGUUUAUGCUGCAGGGAAUUGGAGCAAGGCUGCAGUGUCUUCACUGUUCACCCCCAAGCCCCAGGAACUCGUACCGAAAGAGACUGCUGCUCCACAGUUUAACAGUCAUGAAGCGGCAGCCGCAGUGCCAAAUCCAGAGCUGACAGCAGUUGAAGAGGUAAUCUCCAGCCCAGUCCAGAGCUCUACAAUCCCAGAGAUAGAGGUAGAAUCAGCAGAGUCUGUUCCUGUCUCCGAUGAGCCCGCUGUCACUGUGGUACCAGAGGAGGCGUCAUCAGUAACACUCGCAGACAUAUCCCCCGACCAGACCCCUACAGAGACCAACACAGAUCCAGUGGCACAUUCAGUGCCAGCAGAGGCAACGACCACCACUGAGGAAAUACCUGCGCCUGUUGAAAGUGAGGAGCCCUCAGACAAAAAACAAGCAGCAGAGGAUGAAUCCACUGACGUCAGCACAGCUGAGUCCACGCCGAGCGUAGAACCAGAGACGGGAGAGUCAGCUCCAUUGGAGGCUGCUGCAUUGGAGGCUGCUCCAUUGGAGGUUGCUCCAUUGGAGGCUGCUCCAUUGGAGGUUGCUCCAGUGGAGGCUGCUGAAGUCGAGUCUGUUCCUUCCUCUGAAGAACCACCUGCUCCAAAGGCCUCAGAGGAGCCAGCAGCAGCAUUUGAAUCAGCUGAUCCUGAACCUGCUCCUCAACCCGAGGUAGCUGCCCCACCACAAGUCGAAGAGACGCCAGCUCCAACGCUCACACCACCACCUCCUCAACAACCUGAAGUAAACAGCAGCAAAGAUGGCUCUGGUUUCAAGGCAGACCCUGCUAUCAUGGACUUUGGCCAGUCCAGCCCCGAGGAUGAAGACCUGUACAGCACACGGAGCUGAGAUCCCACAGUACCACGGCGUCGGGAGAAACCUCAUUCCAACACUGCCAUCUCACAUCUCAUCCAGAUUAUCAAACACUAUCAUGUAUCAUUAGGCUGUGUAAAUAGGCCGUUUUGCAAGCGAGCAGAGUUAGAAAGUCUUUCAUCAGUAUUUCCAUUCUCGCGUUUUUUGUUUUUUUUUUUCAACCCACAUCAUUAAUUUUUCCACAGUAAAGGUCCAAAAACAUUUGCAUUGUAUCAGCGAUGCAGUGAAUUCCGGUACACAGAACUGUCUGUUUGUUUAAACGGGCGGAAACCUGGUGAGAAAUACACCCACAACCUUUUACAAGUGUUUUUAAUUCUCAGAUUGUGAUUCACAGAUGGCAUGUGGAUUGUGAAAUGUUCUCUCUGUAUGUGUCACUUAACAAUUAACUGGCUUUCGUGCUACAGCUUUCACUCUCAUGAAUGCAUGGUGCUUUUAUUUAUUUGUAAUUUAGCCCAUUGCGUUGAUCAAAGUUCAAAAUACCGCCCAUGCGCUGGUACUGGUUACACGAUGGACGCGUGCUGUUCAUUUUGUCACAUCAGAAAUGAUUUUGGUGUUUAAAACCAAAAAUAAAUCUAUAUUUUUCUCAAAUUCA